GAUGGUGGCGGCGUGAGGCGGCGGGGCCGGCGGCUGCUCCUGCCCUCCGCGCGGCCCGGGCCGGGCAUGGAAGUGGAGAAGAUGGAUGAGAAUGAAUGGAAGUACCACGGGGAAGGCAACCAGAGCCUCGUCGUCUCACACUGCCAGCGCUGUGUGGUGCUACGGUUCCUGAAGUCCCCCCCCAACCAGAACAAGACUCCCGAGGAAAUACUCCACCAUCUGCAAAACAUCGUGGACUUUGGAAAACAUGUGAUGAAGCAGUUCUUUGGGGAGAACUAUGUUCACCAUGGGGAAAUUAUUCAACUGCCUUUAGACUUUGUAAGACAGCUCUGUUUGAAAAUCCAGCCAGAGAGGCCAGAGUGUCGCUGUGACAAGGACAUGGACACGCUGAGCGGUUACGCCAUGUGCCUUCCCAACCUGACGCGGCUGCAGCCCUUCCGCUUCGCCGAGCACCGGCCCAUCCUGUGCAUCGAGAUCAAGCCAAAGUGUGGCUUCAUUCCCUUUUCCAGCCAUGUUUCACAGGAGAUAAAGCACAAGGUGUGUCGUUACUGUAUGCAUCAGCAUCUAAAGGUAGCCAAUGGAAAAUGGAAGCGACCAAGUAAAUAUUGCCCAUUGGAUCUCUUCUCAGGAAAUAAACAAAGAAUGCACUUUGCUUUGAAGAGCUUAUUACAGGAGGCACAGAACAACCUGAAAAUAUUUAAGAAUGGGGAGCUAAUUUAUGGCUGUAAGGAUGACCAGGACUGUGUGUGUGACUGGAAUGAACUCGCUCGUCACCUCAAGCCUUUCUUUUUCCCGUGCAACGGGCUGGCCAGCGGCCCGCAGUGCACCCGCAGCGUGGUGAAGGAGCUGAUCCACGUCAUCACCAUGGCGCUGCUGAGCAGCACCGACUCCUGCAGGGCAGGGCACAUGAAAACUGUUCCCAUCUCACAGGGGAGGAGCUACUGUGAAGCAAGUGCUUUUAACAAGGAGCUAGUAAGGAACGGUAAACAUAAGUUGGAAAGCUCUGGUUUACCGAGGGGUUGUCUCCUUUAUAAAACCCUUCAGGCUCAGAUGCUUGACAUGCUGGAUAUUGAAGGACUCUAUCCUUUGUACAGUAGAGUUGAGCAGUACUUGGAGGAAUUUCCUGAGGAGAGAAGUACAUUGCAGAUAGAUGGACCUUACAAUGAGGCGUUCUAUGAGAAGCUGCUGGACCUUUCCCUGGAAGAUGAUGGGACAGUGGCAUUUGCAUUAACAAAGGUGCAGCAGUACAGAAUAGCAAUGACUGCUAAAGACUGCUCCAUCAUGAUUGCCCUUUCCCCCUGCCUGCAAGAUGAAUGCUCUGAGCAAAGACCUGUGGUACUGACAUCCAAAUCCAGAUUCACCUUCUCUGUUUCUGUGCUGGACCUGGACCUGAAGCCCUAUGAAAGCAUCCCCCACCAGUACAAACUGGAUGGAGAAAUAGUCAAUUAUUACCUGAAAAAUGUACAGGCCAAAGAGGACCCAGUUAUGUCCAACCUCUUCAAGGAGAAUGAAGACUGCACAUUAGUUCUCCAUAAAGUGUAACCGUUCCCUCAAGGUUAUUUUUAUUCAAACACAUGAGAAAGUGAAAGAUUAUUGGAAUACAGUUAUGGUGAUUUUUUUUUUCCCUUUUCUGUUGUGUUCAGUGCAUUUUUCAGCUGUGAAUGUUUUUGCUUUAUGAAAUGAUUUCUAAUGGGUAAUGCCUUCUCAGAGAGCUGGGAUAGCACUAAGCCACAUGUUUGCUAGAUAACCUUAAUGAAUGUAUUUAAUGUGACAGAACAGGUAAUGUGCCAUACCUUGGAACUAGAGGACAGAUCAAAUUAAUAUGGAAAGUCUACUUCCUUAGAAUUGAAAGAGCACAGAAUGAAAGGUUUCCUCAAGUAUUGC